ACAAAGACAGGCCUAUUGGUUAUAUGCGCCAGGUAUUGGUGAUCGAACAUUACGCACUUCCUCCGUCACGCCAUGGGUAGACCGACUCGAACCAUCCCAGCAUUUCCAACCUCGCCGACCUACAGCAGGUAUACCUACACGCCAAACGAAGAAGUUAAGAUUCAGCCACCGAAAGAGGAGCACUGCGUCCGCUGCCAUGCAACCUUCACCGAUGACGACGGCAGCAGGUGCCGUGUGCCACACGUCUACAAGCCAGAGAGCGAGGCGGAUUGGUGCUCUCAGGGUAUCAAGGGUUGCUUUUCGCUAUGCUGCGGCUCUGCGAGCGUUAAGAUCCAGGGCUUGAGUGCACCGGGCGAGCGGAAGACGGCCGUCAUCGUCGAGAAGCUGGGUGACCCUUAUUGCCACGACGGCUGGGAGCACACUAUUGACACAAGGGACAUAAUAUGCAACCGCUGGAGCUUCGAGGUGUGUAGGUACAGCAAGGAAGGCCGAUGCGUAGCCAAGGUCGUCCAAGAGCCAGAAGGGACUGUAAUCUUCAAGGACAAGUGGGACGUACUCCGCUGGGGAAAGAACACAGGAUUCUCCACAGCCCCUCAAUCCACACCUUCUCCGUUCUCCACGUUACCAAUCCCGCCCAUCGUAUCCGCAGAGUCGGAGGUACCGCUGACCGUAGUCUCCAUGCACUAUCACUGCGAUGGGUUGAGCACAGCCGUCAGCCCCUGGAGUAUGCAGUAGCUGGUUUUGUCAUAUUCUGCUCUCUGAAAUGAA